AUGGCAGGCUUAUCUUCACCUGUUGCCCAGGACCGUAGCAGGUCCACAAGCUUGCCCUUCAGGUUACAGCCCGGUUCCCUUAAAGUUGAAGCCAGGAUACACAAACUGAAAACCUGGGAAGCGUCAUCACUUUCCACAAUAGUUCCUUCGGGAUCUGAGACUCUUCAAACUGGUCUGGCUGGUCUGGCUGGUCUUGCAGAAUUGUACAGUUGUGUGGAGGAACUCAUUCACUCUCCCCUCGUCCAACAAACUCUUUUCUACAACCGACAUGGAAAACUAGUGGAAGGGGCGCUGGACAUGUCUGUUGUAUUGCUAGACAUGUGUGGCACUGUGAGGGACUUAUUCAGUAUGAUGAAGGAACAUGUUCAGGACCUUCAGUCUGCCUUACGGAGAAAGGGUGGAGAUUCAAGCACUGUUAGUAACGUCAAUGCAUACAUUUGCUUCAGAAAGAAGGUGAAGAGGGAUGUAGCCGAGUGCCUUAGAACACUGAAGCAAAUGGCGAGCAAAAUUGGUUCUUUUCCUCUGAUGGAUGUACAUCACCAUCUUUCAGUGGUGGUUCAGGUGCUUAGCGAAUUAAGCGCCAGCUCCAUUUCUAUCCUUCGGUCCCUCUUGCUAUAUCUGUCUUUGCCAGCAAUGAAGACAAAGGCUAGUGGGUGGUCAUUGGUUUCAAAGUUGAUGCAACGGGGGUCACUGGCUUCUGGGAGAAGCCAGGAGAGCACCAAUGAGGUAGCAUGUGUUGAUUUUGCACUGGUCUCCCUCAAUAGGCAUAGCCGGGGCAGCAACAAUAUGGUUGAUCUGCAAAUGACACAAAGGAAAUUACAAACACUUGAUAUUAGGAUUCAAGAUAUUGAAGCUGGAUUAGCUUGCUUGUAUAGACGCCUAAUCCAGCAUAGGGUUUCCCUCCUAAACAUCCUCACUGUAAAGACAUAG